AUGUCCGCUACUCCUAACCCUAAGGCUUUCCCUCUGGCUGACGCCGGCUUAACCCAGCAAAUUCUGGACGUUGUCCAGCAGGCUUCCAACAUGAGACAGUUGAAGAAGGGUGCUAACGAGGCGACCAAGACUCUGAACCGUGGUAUCUCCGAGUUCAUUAUCAUGGCUGCGGACUGUGAGCCUAUCGAAAUCUUGUUGCACUUGCCUUUGUUGUGUGAGGACAAGAACGUUCCAUACGUGUUCGUGCCUUCGCGUACUGCUUUGGGACGUGCGUGCGGUGUGUCCAGACCUGUGAUCGCCGCUUCGAUUACCACCAACGACGCUUCUGCCAUCAAGAGCCAGAUCUACGCCGUCAAGGACAAGAUCGAGACCUUGUUGAUCUAA